CCACAUCGAAUUCACUCAACUUCAAGCCUCGUAUCCGUGCACGACCUUCCGUCUUCCUUGGCAGGGUCCGAGCUAAGUUCCGAUUCCGUUUCAGCUCCAACACGCGAGACGCUUCGACUCUCAACGAAACCCUAUUCCUCACGACCUGUCAGCCUUUCGUAAACUGCCUCGACUGCCCAGGGCUCAUUUCUCUGCAGCUGUUGACCCUCUGACGGCGCCGCAACCCUUUAACUCCCACUCACAAUGUUCAGCUCUCUCGGAACAAAGAUCGGAACCAAGCUCGCGCUCCAAAAAGCGGGCCUCAGCAACGUCUCCCUUCCCUCUUUCCCCUCCACAACAACGUCGAAAUCCGACCCUUCAAAUUCCGCACAGCAAUCCGGCGUCCCGAAUCCCUUUGCCAACGUCCAAUUGUCCGUCCCCAAAGCGUUCUCAUCAUGGCAGACUCCACCGCCCCCGCCGAAUGGCGUGCGGACUCCGCCGGUGAAGGGGGAAAAGGCGCAGAGUAAUCCGAAGUUGCCAUUUCCGACACGCGAUGGGAGACCUGUGAUGCUGCUGUUUUUGAGAUAUUGCGGGUGUCCGUUUACGGAAAAGCUCUUCCUCACUCUCCGUCACCUCAGCAACCGCCACCCGCAAAUAUCCUUCAUCGCCGUGUCGCACUGCACACCGGCCGCCACGGAAGCCUGGGUCAAGCGCCUGGGCGGCGCUUGGAAUGUCUCCGUCAUCGUCGACGAGUCCCGCGAACUCUACGCCUUAUGGGGUCUUGGGAUCUCCAACUGGGGCCACCUGCUCAACCCGCGGAAUGGGUACAAUCAGAUUUUGCUGGGGAAGAAGGAGGGUGUCUGGGGGAGUGCCGUGGGUGAAGGCGGGUGUAGAUGGCAGGUUGGCGGUGCCUAUGCGGUGGAUGAGCGGGGCGUUGUUCAGUGGGGUGGGCCGAUGGGGAGUGUGGAUGAGCAGAUUCAGUUUGAAGAGGGGAUCAAGGCGUUGGGGGUUGGGGGGAGGCCGGGGGUGUUUUGAGGGACUGCUUGAGCGGCUUCAUUGUCCGCGGUCGAAGUGGUG